GGCGUAGUGCGCCGGUGAAACACUUCCUGCUCUGGACCGCACAAUAUUAGGAACUGCCAUUCCCGAGAUAACGGAUGAAUUCCAUUCUAUCAAUGAUGUUGGGGUAAGCAAUUUUGACAAUCUAUCCAUGCCUCCUUUUUGUCAUGUCGCAGUAUUGUAGAAAAGUCCGGCUGCAGCUCGAGUCGUGCUACUUGUGUCCUGCAAGCCUUUGUAUCUACCUCCAAUCGUUUCGGCCACCAUUCAACGUCGCGAAAAUAAAAGAUUGGCUGAAAGUGACAUAAUAGUGGUAUGCAAGUUCCUAUUUAAUCACAAGUUCCGCCUUUCAAUUGAUAUAUGGCCGCAUCUACACCUUCUACUCGACAAAAUGGGGUUUACUUGGUGCAAUUGGCUUAUUCGAAGUUGGAUCAGUAAUUUGCGGUGCUGCGCCAAAUUCAGUAUCGUUUAUCAUUGGGAGAGCAGUGGCCGGUGUUGGCGCGGCGGGUAUCUUCAGUGGCUGCGUCAAUAUCAUGGUCCUCACUAUCCCUCUCCAUAAGAGACCAUUGUUUCAAGGAAUAUUUGGAGCUGUUUUUGGGGUUGCCAAUGUGGCAGAGCCUCUCAUUGGAGGCGCUUUCACGACUCACGCCACGUGGAGAUGGUGUUUCUACAUCAACUUACCAGUGGGCGGAGUUGUGGUCAUCAUCAUUUUGUUUCUACUCGAAGUGGCACCCACCAAAAAUACGGAUACCGUCCGCCAGCAAAUCAGAAAACUCGAUCCUCUAGGCACACUUGUCUUCUUGCCAGGAAUUGUCUAUCUUCUUCUGGCUCUUCAGUGGGGAGGUGCAGAUUACAAUUGGCAAAAUGCUAGAAUUAUUGUCCUGUUCAUCCUGGCCGGAAUCCUUCUCGGUCUAUUCAUCUUCGUCCAGUUCAAAUCCGGAGACAAUGCGACAGUCCCAGUUCGAAUCGCCAGCCAACGAAGCAUGUUAGCAGGCAUGUACUUCCAACUUGUUACCUCUGGAUCUAUGAUGGUCAUCAUUUAUUACCUGUCGAUCUGGCUCCAAGCCAUCAAAGGCGACUCGGCCGUGACUUCUGGCAUCAAUACCCUUCCCCUCGUGUUGUCCCUCGUCGUAGCUAGCAUCAUCUCGGGGGCCAUCGCCGCCAAGACUGGAUACUACACCGGUCAGAUGAUCGUUUGUUCGAUCAUAAUGUCUAUCGGCGCUGGCCUCCUCACGAUCCUGGAAGUCGGCAUCUCGUCCUCAAAAUGGAUUGGCUACCAGGUCGUUUGCGGCUUUGGCCUUGGACUCGGUAUACAGCAGGCAGCAAUGGCAGCACAAGCUUGUUUAGCGAAACAAGAUGUUAUGAUCGGCGUCUCUCUCAUGCUCUUCAUGCAGGGAAUCGGAGGCUCGAUAUUCGUUUCUGUUGGACAGACGGUCUUCACCCAAAGUCUCAUCUCGAAGCUUUCCAAAGUGGCAGAUGUCUCCUCGGAGGUAAUUGUGGAAACAGGCGCUACGGAGUUGAGAAACAUUGUACCACAGCAGCAUAUGCGUCUAGUCCUGGUAGCGUACAAUGCUGCAUUGGCGGAUAUGUUCAGAGUCGCUGUUGGAUGUUCCGCGGCUAGCAUUAUUGGUGCGCUGAUGAUGGAAUGGAAGAGUGUCAAAGCUGACAAGGAAGAGAGUGAAAGAAGAGCAGCCGAAAAGCAGAAAAGGUCCAAUGACGGGAAGCUUGUGACUAACCUUCCAACGGGAGUAGAGACAGAGAAGACAGUGGUCAGUAUACCACCUCAGACGGCGGCUGGAAAACAAGAUAUUGUGCCCGAGAAAGAAAUUUGAGAGACCGAGUUGGAGAGUAUUUGCGCUUGUCUGGGUUCCUUUUUGUAUCAGUUCCAAGGUUGCGAGAACUUCACUCUUUGUGUGGAUACAGCAUGGUCAAGAAGCACAUACCUAGCUACUAUGGUCAUAUGUUGCCAUAGCGUCCAAGUACACUGUAAAACUCAGAAAUAAAUACUAGCGAUUACUAAUGUCGAAACACAAAUAUAAAAAUAAACACCGCUAAUAGGUAUAACUAAAAAAUACAAGAUCGUGAAGACUCUUCUCCAAGGUGUUCAAACGGGCAGUCAACAG